AUGGCCCACAAGGAGAACGUGAACCCCGGGGCCCUGGGCAGCCUGGCCAAGGUGAGCACCUGGGGGGUCUCUGUCCUUUUGGGGGGGGUGCUGUACCCCCCCCAGACACACUUGCUGCCCCCCCCCAGGAAGACGCUGAGCAUUGAGGACUUCGAGAUCGGGCGCCCGCUGGGCAAGGGCAAGUUCGGCAAUGUGUACCUGGCGCGGGAGAAGGGCUCGCACUUCCUCGUAGCCCUCAAGGUGCUCUUCAAGUCGCAGAUGGAGAAGGAGGGUGUGGAGCACCAGCUGCGUCGCGAGAUCGAGAUCCAGGCCCACCUCCGGCACCCCAACAUCUUGCGGCUCUACAACUACUUCCAUGACCGGCGCCGCGUGUACCUGAUCCUGGAGUACGCGCCACGCGGCGAGCUCUACAAGGAGCUGCAGAAGUGCCGCCGCUUUGAUGAGCAGCGCAGCGCCACGAUCAUGGAGGAGCUGGCAGACGCACUGAUCUACUGCCAUGCCAAGAAGGUGAUCCACCGCGACAUCAAGCCUGAGAACCUGCUGCUGGGCCUCAAGGGCGAGCUCAAGAUCGCUGACUUCGGCUGGUCGGUCCACGCGCCCUCGCUGCGGCGCAAGACUAUGUGUGGGACACUGGACUACCUGCCGCCUGAGAUGAUUGAGGGGCAGCCGCACAACGAGAAGGUGGACCUGUGGUGCGCCGGUGUGCUGUGCUAUGAGCUGCUGGUUGGGCACCCGCCCUUUGAGAGUGCCUCCCACACUGAGACCUACCGCCGCAUCACCAAGGUGGACCUGCGCUUCCCGCCUACCAUGCCCGAGGGCGCCCGCGACCUCAUCGGCAAGCUGCUGCGGCACGUCCCGGCUGAGCGCCUGCCUCUGCGCGCUGUGCUCGAGCACCCCUGGGUGCGCGCCAACUCCCGCCGCGUGCUGCCCCCUGCCUAUGCCCCCUAGCCCCCUGCUCCCCUGCGGGGGGCCUGGUCCUACCCUCGUGGGCUGGGGCUCCCCCCCAUGUUGUCAUUUUUUUGUGUUUAAUAAAAGUCUUGAUUUUUACAGCUGGGUCUGGGUGCUGUUUUGCUGGGGGUGCCUGGGGGCACGGGGCGGGCACACUGCUAGCACACAUGUGUGCACCCGCAUGUCCUGGGGGGCGCAGUCCUGCUGUGGGGGGC